AUGCCGUCUGCUCCGGGAAACAAGCGCGUCAGGGGCGUCUCAGUGUACCGACCAUUCAUAUUUGGAACCGAAGCGCAACCCUUCGAUCCAGAGAAAAAACCCGCCAACGCGCCAGUGGACCACACACACCAAUGGCGCAUCUUCGUCAAGGGCGUCAACGACGAAGACAUCUCCUACUGGUUGAAGAAGGUACAAUUCAAACUCCACGAGACCUACGCACAGAGCGUGCGCACGAUCGAGCAACCGCCCUUUGAAGUCGUCGAGACAGGCUGGGGUGAAUUCGAGAUCCAGGUCAAGCUGUACUUCGUCCCGGAAUCGAACGAGAAACCCCAGACCCUGUGGCACAGCUUGAAACUGCACCCGUACGGACCCGAUGCAGAGGGGAUGCGCGAGCGCCGCGAAGUGGUCGUGAGCCAGAACUACGAGGAGAUUGUGUUCAACGAGCCUGUUGAGCCUUUUUACGAGAUUCUCACCGGAGGUCCUUCGGGGGCACAACUGCCACGGGGCAAAGGGAAGAAUGCCAAGCAGAUGGCGCAGAGUCGGACUGCGGAGAUUCCGUUGACUGAGAGCCCGAAGAAUCCAUAUGCUCGGACGACGGAGAAUAGAGAGAUUGAUCGGUUGGGCGAGGCCAUUAAGACGGUUGAGCAGAUGACCACGGAGGAGAAGGAGCGGCUUGUGGAGCGGGAGAAGAGAUUGGCGGAGUUGCGUGAAACCGAAGGUGUUCCUGCAAUUACGAAGAAGAGAUGA